AUGGAUCUCUCAACUUCUUCGAUGGGGAUUCAAGCAGGGGCCAGGCCUAUGCUACCUAUAAAGACUAAGGCAGCCUAUAAACUUUAUCCUGCAAGUAUUCUCAGUGGAAAGGGCAACAAACGUGGGAAGCGUGCCCUACAAAAGAAGUCCACCAAAAAGGACCUCAAAGAAGUUACUCCACCAGUGCCGGCAGCCGAAGAAGAAUUUACUCCACUGGUUCCGGCCACCGAAGAUGUUACUCCCCCGGUGCCGGUAGCCGAAGAAUUUACUCCAUUGGUGCAGGCUGCCAAAGAUGAUACUCCUCCGGUGCUGGAAGUCGAAGAAUGUACACCACCAGUGCCAGCCACCAAAGAAGUUACACCACCGGCACCAGUUGACGAAGAAGUUACUCCACCUGUGCCGGCCAUGGAAGAAGUUACUCCACUGGUGCCAGCGUCCGAAGAAGUUACUGCACCUGUGCUAGUCAAAAACGGAGCUACUCCACAGGGGCCAAUGAUAAAUAGAGAAUCACCAUCAAUCUCAGAGGAGCCACAACUUUUGGAGGAGCUAACCGAGAAGUCCAGUGAGGAAGAAGCAAAUGCGGAAGCAAGUGCUACUGGACUCGAGGCGGCAAGGGAGGGAUUUGGAUCUCACAAUGAUUUAGGGCACAAACGGUGGUUACAUGAUGAGACAGCGAGUUUGGGUGGCUAUAUGAGAAGGGAAGAUUUGGGUCUCACAUGGGUUAAGGGGUAG